GAAGGAAAGAGCCCCAUCCUAAAUAAUCGUGGUUGGUUGUCAGAGUCCUUCAUGACCUUCUGGGAAGCAGACUUCAGCUCCGCUUCAGAGAUUGACCACAUCCUUCCAGGUUUUUAGAACCUGGAGUAGUUUGGAAAGAAUGCUCUUGGUCUUUGACAAGGUCCCACUGUAAGUAGUUGAGAAAGUUCUUUCAGGUAGGUGUGUUUCUAUAAUCAGUGUGCGGACGAAGCUUCGUUAAGUGUGAGUGGAAUGUUGGGAUAUGAUGCUGGGCUCCUAGUAGGCACUUAAAACUUGCCUUUGCCUAACUAAGGUUGUCUCUUGAAAUAACUUUUUAAUGAAAACCUUUCUGCUUGUUCUUGCUUUUGGGGAACCUGAAACAAUGUUACCAUGUUAGCAGAUUUUAAGGCUAGCUGCUGUCUUGGAAGUAUGCUUCAGAGCCCGUUAGCCUUUAAUUGUAGGUUUUGUUGGUUGCCUGAGGAGAGAUGUCCAGUACCCUCACCUGUAGUUGUAUGAGAAAGUCGGCCUGCUGUUUUCAGCAGAGGAGAAAGGGAGGCAUUUCUGUUUGGCUUUUAGAGAGCGGAAACUGGCAUGUUUUCAGGCUACAUUUUAAUUCUCACCUUUUACAUUUGGUGUCAGGGAAGAAAACUGCAUUUUCCACAAACCCCUCUUUGUUACUGCAGACAGAGGCAGGAUACAGAGAGCUCCGGUGACUUCUGGUUCUGAUCUGGAGUGUUUCUCUUCAGCAACGGGUAGCAGAAUUGGAAAAAAUUAAUGCAGAAUUUUUACGUGCACAGCAGCAGCUUGAACAAGAAUUUAAUCAAAAGAGAGCAAAAUUUAAAGAGUUAUAUUUGGCUAAAGAGGAGGAUCUGAAGAGGCAAAAUGCAGUGUUACAAGCUGCACAAGAUGAUUUGGGACACCUUCGAACACAGCUAUUGGAAGCCCAAGCAGAGAUGGAGAAUAUCAAGGCCAUUGCCACGGUCUCUGAGAAUACCAAGCAAGAAGCUAUAGAUGAAGUAAAAAGACAGUGGAGAGAAGAGGUUGCUUCACUUCAGGCUGUUAUGAAAGAAACAGUUCGUGACUAUGAGCACCAGUUCCACCUUCGCCUGGAGCAGGAGCGAACACAGUGGUCACAGUAUCGAGAAUCUGCAGAGAGGGAAAUAGCUGAUUUAAGGAGAAGGCUGUCUGAAGGUCAAGAGGAGGAAAAUUUAGAAAAUGAAAUGAAAAAGGCGCAAGAGGAUGCUGAAAAACUUCGGUCUGUUGUGAUGCCCAUGGAGAAGGAAAUUGCGGCUUUGAAAGAUAAACUGACAGAGGCUGAAGACAAGGUUAAAGAGCUGGAAGCCUCAAAGGUGAAAGAACUGAAUCAUUAUCUGGAGGCUGAGAAAUCUUGUAGGACUGAUCUAGAGAUGUAUGUAGCUGUUUUGAAUACUCAGAAAUCCGUUCUACAGGAAGAUGCUGAGAAACUGCGGAAAGAAUUGCAUGAAGUUUGCCAUCUCUUGGAGCAAGAGCGACAACAACACAACCAGUUAAAACAUACGUGGCAGAAGGCCAAUGACCAGUUUCUGGAAUCUCAACGUUUGCUGAUGAGGGACAUGCAGAGAAUGGAGAUUGUGCUAACUUCAGAACAGCUCCGACAAGUUGAAGAACUAAAAAAGAAAGACCAGGAGGAAGAUGAACAACAAAGACUUAAUAAGAGAAAGGACCACAAAAAAACAGAUGUUGAGGAAGAAGUGAAAAUACCAGUAGUGUGUGCUUUAACCCAUGAAGAAUCUUCAGCCCAGUUAUCAAAUGAAGAGGAGCAUUUAGAUAGUACCCAUGGUUCAGUCCAUUCCUUAGAUGCAGAUUUACUAUUGCCAUCUGGAGAUCCAUUCAGUAAAUUGGACAAUGACAUGUUUAAAGAUGGACUCAGGAGAGCACAGUCUACAGACAGCUUGGGAACCUCAGGCUCACUGCAAUCCAAAGCUUUAGGCUAUAACUACAAAGCAAAAUCUGCUGGAAACCUGGAUGAAUCAGAUUUUGGACCACUUGUAGGAGCAGAUUCAGUGUCUGAGAACUUUGAUACUGCCUCCCUUGGGUCACUGCAAAUGCCAAGUGGGUUUACAUUAACCAAAGAUCAAGAAAGAGCAAUCAAGGCAAUGACACCUGAACAAGAAGAGACGGCAUCCCUCCUCUCCAGUGUCACCCAGAGUAUGGAAAGUGCUUAUGUGUCCCCCAGUGGUUAUCGCUUAGUCAGUGAGACAGAAUGGAAUCUCCUGCAAAAAGAGGUACAUAAUGCUGGAAAUAAACUUGGUAGACGUUGUGAUAUGUGUUCCAAUUAUGAAAAACAGUUGCAAGGAAUUCAGAUUCAGGAGGCUGAAACAAGAGACCAGGUGAAAAAACUGCAGGUGAUGCUAAGGCAAGCAAAUGACCAGUUAGAGAAGACAAUGAAAGAUAAACAGGAGCUAGAAGACUUCAUAAAGCAGAGCACUGAAGAUUCAAGCCAUCAGAUCUCUGCACUUGUCCUAAGAGCCCAAGCAUCUGAAGUUUUACUUGAAGAGUUAAAACAGGGGUUUUCCCAAGCAAAGAGGGAUGUUCAGGAACAGAUGGCAGUGCUGAUGCAGUCACGGGAACAGGUUUCAGAAGAGCUGGUGAGGUUACAGAAAGAUAAUGACAGUCUUCAGGGAAAGCAUAGCUUGCAUGUAUCCUUACAGCAAGCGGAAGAUUUCAUUCUCCCAGACACUAUGGAGGAACUCCGGGACUUGGUAUUAAAAUACCGUGAGAACAUUAUUAAUGUGCGGACAGCAGCAGACCACAUGGAAGAAAAGCUGAAGGCUGAAAUACUUUUCCUAAAAGAGCAGAUACAAGCGGAACAGUGUUUAAAAGAGAACCUUGAAGAAACUCUGCAGUUAGAAAUAGAAAACUGCAAGGAAGAAAUAGCUUCCAUUUCUAGCUUAAAAGCUGAAUUAGAAAGAAUAAAAAUAGAAAAAGGACAGUUGGAGUCCACAUUACGAGAGAAGUCUCAACAGCUUGAGAGCCUUCAAGAAAUGAAAAUCACUUUGGAAGAACAGUUGAAAAAAGAGACUACUGCUAAGGUUACCAUUGAACAGCUCAUGUUCGAAGAGAAGAACAAGGCUCAGAGGUUGCAGACAGAACUAGAUGUCAGUGAACAAGUCCAGAGAGAUUUUGUGAAGCUUUCUCAGACCCUUCAGGUGCAGUUAGAGCGGAUCCGGCAAGCAGACUCCUUGGAGAGAGUCCGGGCAAUUCUGAAUGAUACCAAACUGACAGACAUUAACCAGCUCCCUGAGACAUGACACCUUCGUAGCAGGAUUCUCGCCUGCACUUUGGGUUUUUAACUCAUCUUUAGAGCAACAUUAAUUAUUUAACUCUUAACUAAAGAAGAAGUCACAAAAAAGGAAGACCGGAGAAAUGUGUAUUUCUAGAGGGAGAAGAAUGUGCAGCACAGGAACAGCAAACAGCCAGGCUAAUUUGCAGCAGAAAGACCUUUCAAAUGGGAACACUAAGGAGACCCCAGACUUGAUUCCAGCGGAUGUGGGAUUGGAUUCGGAGAUGGAGAAAGUGCUGUUUCCUUGCCUAUUUAUCCUACGUUUCCCUGCCCUAAAGUACCAACCCAGUAGUGUUUGGAAUUACAUUUCCUGUUCAUAGAUAUUGGGAGAUAACUUUUUUCUGUUCUCUAGAGUACAUCAGUAACAGUAUUCAGCUAGCGAGAUGUGUAGUAUGCUGUAUGAAUAUUUUAUAUUAAAAUAUGAAGUUUGAGAGCAGGCCAUUGGCUAGUGACUGCAUUUCCUAGCCCAGUGCUUUUUUUUAAAAAAACUGUUGUAUCUUUCAUUGGAGGACCUUAAAUGCUACUGAAACUUGCCUGAGAACCAGAAGAUGUGGCAAACAAAGCCAGUGCAAGAACUGAAUUAUGAGAAUUUGAAAACGUGACCGGGCUGUAUUAGAAAUUGAGGUUAAAGGAGAAGCACAAGAAACUAUUCGGAAGCACUUUUUCUGCUACCUGAAUGAAUUUCAUGGGCCCAUAAGUAACCAGGGUCAAGCUGAACUGGUACCAGCUACUUUUGAAAACUUUUAGUUAUUGGAUCAGUGGGAAAAGAUAAUGUUAACAAAACAAGCUGUGUCUGACAACAUCUAGUAUAAAUUUAAAAUCUGCUGCUUACUUUUAACUCGAAUCAAUGGACCUAAGUACUGUUUCAGAAGUGUCAAAUACAAAAGUGGUGGUAACUGUGUUUGACAGAUACCUGUUGUCUUUUUCUUUAUAAUUUAGACCUGGAGUGUGAUGAUGCGUAUGAAGUGGGGAAACCCCAGUCAGUCUGUCCAUCAGUUUGGAAAUCUGCUUCGUCAUUUCUGAUGUUAGGUUCCUUUUCUUUGUGAAGAAAGCGUCAGUGAACAGGCUGCCUUUGCUGGAGCUGUAUGAAGUGUUGCAGAAAGCACAGGGAAGGAAUGGUUGCAGUGUGUUCACCUGCUGCAGGACUGUUAGCCCGUGGAAGCCUCCACUGUUUCAUUCAUGAGAGAUGGUUCAAAAGUAAUACUGUUUUCAAAUAAUUUUUGUGAUUGGUGUUACGUAACAGCAGGGUACUUGAAGGAACCUUAUGGUAACUAAGUGGGUUAAGUAGAUUAUGUGGCUCAUUUAAGGCUACCACCAACUUAGAGUUUAAAGUGAACCAUCAUUGUUAUAAAUGAAGUGAUUAUGGACUAGUCCUAAAGAUCUUUACUUCUGUCUUCCAUGGGACAAGAUAAGGACUACAUACCUCAUCCUUGGGUUAUUUUGCAGUCUUGCAUUCACGAUUGUGAAUUUAAAAGUAAAUACUAAUUAUGGAAAUAGUGCUAUAGGCUUGCCAUGCAUGAAACAUUGUACUUGGUUUAAAGCCCCUUUGUAUAAAGUACCACUUGGUUUAAAGGAAACAUCCUCGUUAUGUAAGUGUAAGACUAGUUCCUUGGGCAAGCCCUGAGCUAAUUUCAGAAUAUUAAAAUUGGCACUAUAAAUCAGGAUGGGUGGGUAAUUUAUAGUCUUCCUGAACUAAACUGUGGCUCCUGGGGACUGCUCUGCUGAGAUACCUUGCAGACGUUUUUCUCCAUAAGAUGGUAUUGGGCCAAUAAAAUCAUGAUGAGUGGACCACUGGUGGUCUCUACUUUGGCAGAUGCAGGCUGUUGGAACCUACUUUGUUGAGAAAAACCCAAACUGUUACUUUCGGUUUUGUUAACAAUUUGUUUCUGGUAGGAAGCAAACAUUGUGCCACUAUCCUGGUAGGAAAUGCUUUAAUCUGGGUUUUCUGUAUAAACAGGAACUGAUUUAGAAGGUAGGAUUUAGCCUGUCUGGACAAAAGAAAAGAUCAGUUGGGUUUCACGAGUGUUCCUGUGCUUGUAUUAAAGUCUGUACACAUUUUCUCACGCAUGUCUAACAUGAUUUACCUCCUACCUGUAACCUACCUUACCAUGUGGCUUUUAAAUUGGCAGCCACUCAGCCAUUUCUAGGCAGGUACCAUUUCUAGGCAGGUGCCGUUUCUAGGCAGGUAUGGUAUUACCUUUCAGAACUCAUAUGGGCAGGUAUAAAAAGUUUACUGAAAGCUAACUGAGAACAAAGCCGUAUAUUGAUACUAAGUUGUUUCUUUUCCCCUCUGAGGUCCUACACUUGUACCUUGUACUCACUCAGAAACACGUUCUGGGACACAGUGUACAGCCAGGCGCGGCUCUGAAAGAUAAUGCUGCCUGACCAAGUGAGCCAGCAGUGGCCUUGCAGUUGUGGAUCCUGGGCUUGGCUCUGCGCAGGUUUCAGAUGUAACUUUUUGUUAACUGUACUGAAGGUGUGUCUUUAAGAAGAAAGUGUUCAAAUUAAAAAGCUGCUGCCUAGUA